UGGGUCCAAAAUCCCCAUAACCUUAGCCUAACCAACCCAUAACACUCCCUAUGGUGGUGGUGAAAUUUGCAUAACAAAAAAGAAGAAGAAAUCUGUAGAAUAAUCUGCAGAAUCCAGAGGAGAAAGCAAGAAAAAAGGCCAUGGAGGCCUUGCACAUGCAGCGUGUACUUCCCAUAUCUGCUGCCCAAAACACUCUCUUUACGCGCCCAACUGCCACCCCAUUAUCUGGAGUUGCAAUGGCAAGGCCACCAUUGAGUUUAAGCUUAUCAUCUUCUUCUCAAGCUGCCGCUGCCACUGCCACUGCAAGAGCAGGGUGGUUUUUGGGUCUAACAGCAGAUAACAAGAAGAUGAAAUUGCCUGACACUGUCAAAGCUGGUGACCCUGUUCUUCAUGAGCCUGCCCAGGAAGUUAAUCCCAGUGAGAUAAAGUCGGAGAGAGUGCAGAAGAUCAUUGAUGACAUGAUCCGGGUCAUGAGGAAUGCUCCUGGGGUUGGUUUAGCUGCUCCCCAGAUUGGAGUUCCUUUAAGGAUAAUAGUUGUGGAAGAUACCAAAGAGUAUAUUAGUUAUGCCCCAAAGGAAGAGACAAAAGCUCAAGAUAGAGUGCCUUUUGAUCUUUUGGUGAUCCUGAAUCCCAAGCUAGAGAAGAAGAGCAACAGGACUGCCCUAUUUUUUGAAGGGUGCUUGAGUGUUGAUGGAUUUAGAGCAGUGGUGGAGCGACAUCUUGACGUUGAAGUUACAGGUUUGGAUCGCUACGGUGCCCCAAUCAAAAUAAAUGCGUCGGGUUGGCAAGCCCGGAUUUUACAACAUGAGUGUGAUCACUUGGAUGGCACUUUGUAUGUUGAUAAGAUGGUACCUAGAACUUUUAGAACUGUGGACAACUUGAACCUCCCCCUUGGCCAGGGGUGCCCCAAACUUGGUCCUCGCUAACCCAAAUUUGGGUUUCUGCGGCUGCCUCUGAUAAGGCCUUCAACACAGGUUUCUUGUGCAUGUUAGUGUUAAAUUGACAUUUGUAGGUCCAAUUUUUAGUAAUAGCCUCAAAUUUAAGAAUAAUUAAAUCUCCUUCAAUUUUCAAUGAUAUGGUUUUUCCAUGAAUUGUCAUUGCACACUACACUUCCUUUUUAUGGAGUCCAGAUAUUCAUGGCCCCUAGCUUUUCUCUAAGUUGCACCUCUUACCAAAAUUUCAUAGGGUGUUAUCUGUUUAUACUUUAAAGGAAUCAGGUGUCUAUAUACUAGGCCAUGCAUGUAACUUCACUUGUUAGCUCUAAUGAGGUAACUCCAUUUGAGGUCUAAUGCAAAAGCAUACACCAAUUGUGUGUAAA